CCACCAUUACAAAGUAAAGUAACAAAUACAGAGUAGAGAGCACCGGCUGCUAGCAAUGGCCUCCUCAGUCCUCUCCUCCACCGCCAUCGCCACCCGCGCCACCGCUGCCCAGGCCAGCAUGGUCGCCCCCUUCACCGGCCUCAAGUCCACCGCCUCCUUCCCCGUCACCAAGAAGUCCGCCGACUUUACUUCCAUCUCCACCAACGGCAGCCGAGUACAAUGCAUGCAGGUGUGGCCCCCAUACGGGAAGAUGAAGUUCGAGACCCUGUCAUACCUGCCCCCAUUGAGCACCGAGCAAUUGAUCAAACAAGUGGAGUACCUGUUGAACAAGGGUUGGGUUCCUUGCUUGGAAUUCGAGACUGAGAAAGGAUUCGUGUACCGUGAAUGCCACAGGUCACCAGGGUACUAUGACGGAAGAUACUGGACCAUGUGGAAGCUGCCCAUGUUCGGGUGCACCGACGCGACUCAGGUGGUUGCUGAGUUGCAGGAGUGCAAGAAGGCUUACCCUGAAGCGUGGGUUAGAAUCCUGGGAUUCGACAACGUGCGCCAAGUGCAGUGCAUCAUGUUCCUUGCAGCCAUGCCCAAUUAAUAGAUUCCAUCACACAUCAUCCAUUAAUUCCUGAUAGAUGGAUUCCAUUGCAUGAUGUUUUCCCAUUAAUCUUGUCGUCCUUUUGUUUUUUGAUUUCAAUUCGGUCACAUGUUAAGUUGUUGGCAUCCCAUGCCUUGGAUUCCCAAUCCAGUUUAUGAGAAUGUAAUAUUGUAAUAAUCCUUUGAAUUUGCUGUUUCAUUUGGUUGUGUUGCAAUGUUCAAUUCCAGUUCAACUCUCUUAA